AUGGAACAUCCAGGUGAUAAUGAAGAAAAAGACAGCACUUUUCACCAAUCUAUCGGCGCAAUGCGAGAAGCUUGGGCAUCUACUUCUGUCAGCUGUCAUUCCAAGCCUCCUGUUUCUAAGCGCCUUGCUGGGGAUGAUCGGCCUUUGGGCGACUCGGCCUUUAGUCUCGUCUCUGGAACCGGUCAAUAUUCUCCCAACCGGUCUCACUUGACCAUCGCUCAAUCCCAUCAGGCGCCUAGUACUACUGCGCUCGGACCCGAAUACUUUGAGGCUACUCGGCCUAGUCUAUCUUCAGGCCUCACCACUUUUUUCACUCAGCAGGCAAUUGACGAAUCUUCUCAUGCCCAAGCCCCUACCAACAGUUCCUUUAAUACAGGCACACAGUUUAUUCCCAUUGUUACUUCGCAUCCUUGUGAGACCACCCCAAAUGCGGUUGAUACAACUUCAUCCGAACAAGAUGACAAUGGAAAUUUAGGAGUUUCGCAGUCUUUUAUGAGGCUUAGCCAAAGGUCCGAUACGGACUGUGUAUAUGUCGACCAACAAACGACUCAGGUUUGGUUUGGCAUAUGA